AUGUAUGAUCCCAAGAAUAAUAACUUACUUGAGAUAUUCGGGGUUUGUUUUAUAUUAGGAUCAUGUAUCACUAUUAGUAUUACAAGUUUAUUUUACAUCAGUGAUAAAUAUUUCCCAUUGAUAGUUUAUGGAAUUGUUCUCCAGAUUUAUUUCAUUCUAGAAUUCACCAAUUCAUAUUUAUAUCAAACCAACACGGUUACUUCAAAAUCAUUUUUAAUUUAUGGUAAUAGAGGAAAUAAAGAGUUUUGGUUUAUGCAACUUUUGACAAUUUGGGAAUACUUAUCAGUGAGAUUUAUUUUAAAGUUUAUACCAUUUUCACCAGUGAAUUAUUUAGGUUUCCCCGGAUUGAUAUUAAUUACAACAGGGUUGUUAAUUCGUCAUUUAGCAAUGAAGAAAUGUGGCUUAUCAUUUAGUCAUUAUCUUGCCAAAACAAAACAAGCACAUCAUAAACUAGUCACCACUGGAGUCUAUAAAUAUGUUAGACAUCCAAGUUACCUUGGGUUCUUCUUGUUUAGUAUUGGAAUUCAAUUAUGGUUGUCUAACUACUUAAACCUAAUGGUUGAUGUGUACAUUUUAUAUCAAUUCUUCACAAUACGAAUCGAACAUGAAGAGAAACUCCUAAUAGAAUUUUAUCAAGACGACUACCUAAAGUAUCAGCAAAUGACAUAUACAUUAAUUCCUUUUAUAAAAUAG